GAAAAGAUAAGAAAAAAUGUACGAAGUCAGAAUGUGAUAGGCUAAGAUGAUCCUUCAUAGUUCAUUGUGACCCCCUUUUAACUUUCAUGUUGAACGGUUUCAAUCAAGUCAUUUGAUGGACACAAAUAUUUUUAUCAACCAUUCAAAAACCCCCAACACCCGCCAAUUAUGCCAUGUGUCCAACUAUGAUGCCUCAAAUUAUAGCAAACCAGCCAUUUUCUUUCCCAUAUUGCCAUUUCAUUGUCAUCCCUCAACAAUUUGCAUUUAGUUCGAAAAGAUAUGUCCUUCUUUUUUUUUCCUAUUAUGUUUUUAUGAGUUACCCUUAUUAAAAGGGUUUUGGCUGGUUAUCUGUGAGACUGAGACGCCAAGAAAACAAGAAAGCAUUGCUUGAAGAGACUCACGGUCGGGAAAGUCCUGCAACUUUCAACGUGCUUAAGAAAUUUGCUUCUGUUCUUUCUGCUGAUUUUGCUUUUGUUGUUAUUGUUUCUUAUUUUUUUGUUGCCAACCCAUUUCCACUUGCCAGACUGUAAAUACCAAACAGAAAGAGAUCAAGAAAUCAGUGUAAGAGUUUCUUUCAGCAAGCAAACCAGGAUCUGGUUCUGAAGAUUCAGCUUAAUUCACUUGAGAUAUGGACCUAACAGAAAAAUCAUCUAAGCAAUCAAACUUGAUCCCACCACUGCCAAGGGACUCUAGGGGCUCACUUGAAGUGUUCAAUCCAUCCACUUUCUCAACUCGGCCCAUUAACCCGGCAUUUCGCUCGCAACCCAUUUGGCAAAACUUAAUAGAUGCACGUGGCAGCUCAGAAGAAGCUGACCCUUCCAAGCUAGCCUCCAAGUCGGGUCGAGUUGAAGAAAUAACAUCAUGGAUGGCACUCAAGGAACCACCUGCUCCAUCCCCAUCUCCAGCACCAUCUUCAUUAGCAUCAUCACCACUUGUUCAUAAGAUCACUAGCGAUAAUAAUGAUCAAAACGGCGGCGGAAACGCAAGUCCGAAGCCUUCGGAUGACGCUGGAAUGGCUGCAAAGAGAGCUGCAGAAUGGGGGUUAGUGCUAAAAACAGAUAAUGAAACUGGCAAACCACAAGGAGUUGUUGUUAGGAAUUCGGGUGGGGAUGACCCGAAUUCCAAACCGGGUACUUCUCGUAGAAACUCAAAUAAUUCAGUUCGGAGCUCCGAAGAAUUAUCAGAUAACGAAUUUAGCAAGGAGAAAGGGUUCCCUAGAGUAUCCGAAGACUUAAAGGAUGCAUUGUCAACAUUUCAACAAACAUUUGUUGUUUCGGAUGCUACCAAACCCGAUUACCCGAUUUUGUAUGCAAGUGCCGGGUUUUUUAAGAUGACCGGCUACACUUCUAAAGAGGUCAUAGGCAGGAAUUGUCGGUUUUUACAGGGUGCGGGUACAGACCCGAGCGAUGUGGCGAAGAUUAGGGAGGCAUUGCAGGCAGGGAAAAAUUAUUGUGGGAGAUUGUUGAAUUACAAGAAAGAUGGGACUCCUUUUUGGAAUCUUCUUACUAUUGCACCCAUUAAGGACGAAAAUGGGAAAGUCCUAAAGUUUAUUGGAAUGCAAGUGGAGGUGAGCAAGCAUACAGAAGGGGCCAAGGAAAAGAUGAUGAGGCCCAAUGGAUUGCCCGAGUCUUUGAUUCGAUACGAUGCUCGCCAGAAGGACAUGGCUGUCGGUUCAGUAACAGAACUUGUGGAAGCAGUUAAGAAACCCCGUUCACUUAGUGAAUCAACAUAUCAUCCUUUCAUUAGAAAAUCAGGUGGUGGUGGUGGUGACGGAGAAGAAGGACUAGGAGUUAUGGCUAGGCGAAACUCAGAAAAUUUACCUCCGCAUAGAAGGAAUUCAAAUGGGAGUAUUAGAAUCUCAAUGGAGCGUAUAAGUGAGGUGCCAGAAAAGAAACUGAAAACAUCUAGUCUUCCUUCUUUCAUGGGGCUUACGAGGAAAAGUCAGUCCACUGCUGACAGCUUUGACAAUAGUCUCCUGGUGGAUGCGGAUGAGGAUGAGAGUGACGAUGAUGAGAGGCCAGACAGUUUUGAUGACAAAGUUAGACAAAAGGAAAUGAGAAAGGGUAUUGAUCUUGCAACCACACUUGAACGUAUAGAGAAAAACUUUGUCAUUACUGAUCCAAGGCUGCCUGAUAAUCCCAUUAUCUUUGCAUCUGAUAGCUUCUUGGAGCUGACAGAGUACAGUCGUGAAGAAAUAUUGGGCAGAAAUUGCAGGUUUCUCCAAGGCCCUGAAACUGAUCCAGCUACUGUGAGGAAGAUUCGGGAGGCAAUAGAUAACCAAACGGAAGUAACAGUGCAGCUAAUCAACUACACAAAGAGUGGCAAGAAGUUCUGGAACCUGUUCCAUCUGCAGCCUAUGCGUGACCAGAAGGGGGAAGUUCAGUAUUUUAUAGGAGUGCAGCUAGAUGGCAGUGCCAAAGUUGAUCCACUUCGUAAUACUAUUCCAGAUGCUGCUGCACAAGAGAGUGAACAACUGGUGAAACAAACUGCAGAAAAUGUUGAUGAAGCAGUGAGGGAACUUCCAGACGCCAAUAUGAAUCCAGAAGACCUAUGGAUGAAUCACUCCAAGGUCGUUCACCCUAAACCUCACAGGAAAGAUAGUCCCUCCUGGAAAGCUAUUCAAAAGGUUCUUAACAGUGGAGAAAGGAUAGGCCUAAAACAUUUUAGGCCAGUAAAACCAUUAGGAUCAGGUGACACUGGCAGUGUGCAUUUGGUGGAACUAUGUGGGACUGGCCUGUACUUUGCAAUGAAAGCUAUGGAUAAAGGUGUUAUGCUCAACCGGAACAAGGUGCAUAGAGCUUGUGCAGAAAGAGAAAUUCUUGACAUGUUGGACCACCCUUUUCUUCCAGCAUUGUAUGCAUCAUUUCAGACCAAAACACAUAUUUGUCUGAUUACGGAUUACUGUCCUGGUGGAGAACUUUUCAUGCUUUUGGACAAACAACCAAUGAAGGUCAUGAAGGAAGAUGCAGUGAGAUUUUAUGCUGCUGAGGUUGUUGUUGCAUUGGAGUACCUUCACUGCCAAGGUAUUAUAUACAGAGAUUUGAAGCCUGAAAAUGUUCUACUCCAGGGCAAUGGACACGUGGCCUUGACCGAUUUCGAUUUAUCUUGUUUGACUUCCUGCAAACCACAGCUGCUGAUGCCAACCAUAGAUGAAAAGAAAAAACACCGCAAAAGUCAGCAGAAUCCAAUUUUUAUGGCAGAACCUAUGCGUGCAUCAAACUCUUUUGUGGGGACUGAAGAGUAUAUUGCCCCGGAAAUUAUCACUGGGGCUGGCCAUACUAGUGCAGUGGACUGGUGGGCUCUAGGCAUUCUUAUCUAUGAAAUGCUUUAUGGAUAUACACCAUUCAGGGGAAAGACAAGGCAGAAGACUUUUGCCAAUGUCCUGCAAAAAGAUCUUAAAUUCCCAAGAAGCAUACAAGUAAGUCUCCAAGCAAAACAGCUGAUGUACCGCUUACUACAUAGGGAUCCCAAAAGCAGAUUAGGUUCGCGUGAAGGAGCCAGUGAAAUCAAGCGACAUCCUUUCUUCAAAGGUGUAAAUUGGGCUCUUGUUCGCUGCAAGAAUCCACCUGAGCUUGAAGCCCCUCUCUUUGCUACUGAAGCUGUGAAGGAAGAUAAAGCUGUGGAACCUGAACUGCUAGAUUUACAAACAAAUAUUUUCUGAGACUGUGAGGUUGCAUUCUAUGUUAUUUUUGAGAUGUACAUGCAUCCUCCACGAUGAUAUUCUCAAAAUGGAUUAUGAACUACAAUUUUUCUGCUACCGUGAUUAAGCACAUUGCAUUAAGGAAACAUCAUUAGAGUCUCUGGUUAGCUCCAAAUUUGGCUGGGGAUUUAGUACUUAUGGCAAUAAAAUCAAGAAGCAGCUGAGCCACGAUGCAAGAGAAGCAGGUUUCUGAUCGUUUGUUCUUUCUUUUUUUUUUUUUUUUAUCAGUAUGCUCGAUGUAAUUUUCUGUAAUCUAUGUUUGUUGGUAAAUAAAAUUUGUUUGCUUUGACUCUCUUUGUCGUGAUCUUCUCUUCUGGAUUCCUAAGCUACAUAUC